AUGGGUUCUGUGGGCGGUGUGGUUGAUGGUGAUGGGAAUUAUGGUGCUGAUACCGAGUAUAGUGAUGAUAAUAAUGAGGUUAAUGGUGAAAAUGAGUAUGAUGAUGAGUACAGUUAUUAUUACAGCUCUGGCAAUGACACAGAUGGCGGUGAUAGUGAUUAUAGUGAUGGAAAUGACGACAAUAGUGAUAAAAUUGAUGGUGAGAAUAAUGAAAGUGAUGCAGGAUGUGAGUAUGGAUAUGAGAAUGAAGAGGAUAAUGCAAAUGACACUGAAGCCAUUAAUAAUGUAGUUGCUGUUAAUAGUGAGGUUGUAGAUUCAGGUGGAAAUAACACGAGCACUGAAUAUGAAGGUGAAUAUGAUGGUGGAAUUAUCAGCAAUUCAACUUAUUAUGAUGAUGACGAUAAUGAUAAAACUCCAGUUAUAGAUGAAAAUGAGGACUAUGAAUAUGAUGAAAAUGUUGUCUUAGGUGAAAAUGAAACAGUCAGCGAAUAUGACGGAGGUGUUAGUAACGUAACCUUCUAUGAUGAUGAUAAUGAUGAUGAUCAGCUUCUGGCAUUAGGUGGAAAUAACAAUAACAGUGAAUAUGAUAAUGAGAUUACACUUUUGGUUGAAAAUGACCUGAUUAGUGAAGAUAAUGAUGAAUAUGAUUAUAAAAAUAUUAGUAACACAAAACUACAUGAUGAAAAUGAAGAUGAAGGUUUAGAUGAAAAUGACAAUGUCAGUGAAUAUGAUGAGAUUACAAUUUCAGGUGAAAAUGACAUCAAUAAUUAUGAAUAUGAUGAUGAAAAUAUUAGUAACAUAACAUUACUUGAUGGAAAUAAAAAUUUUACUAAUGAAAACGACAGUGAAAGUGAAUAUGAUAAUGAGCUUGCAGUUUUAGGUGCAAGUGACAUUGAUAAUUAUGAAUAUGAUGAUGAAAGUAUUAGUAACGUAACAUUACAUGAUGAUAAUGAAGUUAAGGUUUUAGACGAAAAUGAUAAUGAUAAUGAGUAUGAUAAUGAGAUUACAGUUUUAGGUAAAAAUGAUCAGGAUAGCGAAGAUGAUGAUGAAUAUUUUGCCGUUGCUUCAAAUACAAAUAUUGAGAGCAACGAAUACAUCACUGUCACAAAUGAAGGUGACAAAAGCAUCACCAACACAAGUACCAGUGAAAAUGAAAGAGUGAGCGAUGAAAAUGAUGAUGGUGGUGAUGAUGAAUAUGAGUACUAUUAUUACUAUGAGACGGGUGAACAGGAAGCUGCGGAUAGUGAAGGUGAUAUUGGUGGCGGUAAUGAUAAUAACGGUGAAUAUGAUAACUAUGAUUACUACAAUGUAACGGAUGCCCAAGAAGCUGCUGAUAGUGAAGUUGAAUUAAAUAGUGAUAGUGACGGUGAUGCUGAAGGAGAAUUGGAUGAUGAGCUAUAUUAUUACUAUGAUAAUGAUGGUGAUGAUGAUAGUGACAGUGAUAAUGAUGAUGGCGAUGAUGGCGAAUCUGAUGGUGAUAGUGAUAAUAAUAACAAUGAAAAUGACCAAGAUGGUUAUGAUGUUGAUGAAAAUGGUAAAAACAGUAAUAAUGAUAAUGAAGAUGACCCAAGUGGUAAUGGUGGUGCAAAUGAUGGCAAUAACAAUAACAGUGAAUAUGAUAAUGAGAUUACACUUUUAGGUGAAAAUGACCUGAUUAGUGAAGAUAAUGAUGAAUAUGAUUAUGAAAAUAUUACUAACACAAAACUAUACGAUGAAUAUGAAGAUGAUGGUUUAGAUGAAAAUGACAAUGUCAGUGAAUAUGAUGAGAUUACAAUUUUAGGUGAAAAUGACUUCUAUUAUUACGAAUAUGAUAAUGAUAAUAUUAGUAACGUAACAUUACUUGAUGGAAAUAAAAAUGUUACUGAUGAAAAUGACAAUGAAAAUGAAUAUGAUAAUGAGAUUGCAGUUUUAGGUGAAAAUGACAUUUAUAAUUAUGAAUAUGAUGAUGAAAGUAUUAGUAACGUAACAUUACAUGAUGAUAAUGAAGUUAAGGUUUUAGACGAAAAUGGUAAUGAUAAUGAGUAUGAUAAUGAGAUUGCAGUUUUAGAUAAAAAUGAUCAGGAUAGUGAAGAUGAUGAAUAUUUUGACGUUGCUUCAAAUACAAAUAUUGAGAGCAACGAAUACAUCACUGUCACAAAUGAAGGUGACAAAAGCAUCACCAACACAAGUACCAGUGAAAAUGAAAUAGUGAGCGAUGAAAAUGAAGAUGGUGGUGAUGAUGAAUAUGAGUACUAUUAUUACUAUGAAACUGGUGAACAGGAAGCUGCGGAUAGUGAAGGUGAUAUUGGUGGUGGUAAUGAUAAUGAUGAUGAAUAUGAUAACUAUGAUUACUACAAUGAAACAGAUGCCCAAGAAGCUGCUGAUAGUGAAGUUGAAAUAAAUAGUGAUAGUGACGGUGAUGUUGAAGGAGAAUUAGAUGAUGAACUAUAUUAUUACUAUGAUAAUAAUACUGAUGAUGAUAGUGAAAGUGAUAAUAAUGAUGGAGGUAAUGGCGAAUCUGAUAGUGAAAUUGAUAAUAAUACUAACAAUGAAAAUGACCAAGAUGGUGAUGAUGUUGGUGAAAGUGUGACCAGGAGGCAGUUGAUAGUGAGGGGAAUGUAA